AUGAUUGAUUAUAACAACGCUUGCUUUGUAUCCAAUUCUGUAUCAAGUCAAUGUCACUCUAUGGUGCCUGCCCUGGAUCCAAAUUUAUUACAUGACACGCUUCGACGAUCCUGUCAUAAUGAUAGCUUUCAAAAGCAACAAUUGGGUGCCAAGAAAUUCUAUAUCGAGGACAUAGCCGAUGACGACAAUGAUAGCAGGAGCAUAGAAUGUAUUGCGCCCUUACCAGGACAACAUUGGUCAACCGAAGACAGCGAUGAGGAUGAUAUUGAACCAAUCUUGAUGACACCCACCCAACAACAAGAUGAGUGGUGCUGCUAUACACUGGAAAGGCAAUCUCCCGAUGAUAUCAAAGAUAGCAAUAAGGGUAACAGCAGUGAUUGCUGCAUCAUACUACGUCGAUGCAAGACGCGAUACUAUCAAGGGCUGAGUAAUUUGGCCGCGAAUGGUUGA